AUGGCGAGCAUCGGCGACGCGUUCAACACGUUCUUCGCCUCGCUCAGGGGCCGGAGCACGACGGGAAAUGAGCCUUCAGAUGUGUCGUCCUUCCGCGCGUUCGAGCAGGCGGCCGACAAGGACAAGGCCGCGAAGCACAGCAAGUCCACGGCGCGGGCGUACCGCGGCGCCCGGCCGCAGGACAGCACCGUGACGGAAACCAUCCUCAUGGGCCCGAAAGACGCGGAGGAGCCGCCGUUCCGCGCGACGUACGUGAAGCGGUACCAGGAGCUGGUGAAGCGGUCCAAGGAGAUGGGCGCGCAGGACCCGUGGGACAAGUGGUACAACGAGCGGUGGAUGUGA